AUGCGUUCCAUCUGGAAGAGACCCUAUCACAAAAUCGACGACGAGAAAGAUGGAUUGACAUCAGGAGACGAGCUUUCAUCUCUGUCGAACGACAGCGACAACGAUCAGAUUCCUGGCUCCAGAGGCCACAGGGCUAUCGUGUACAUUCUUGCAUUAUCAAUUGGACUCAACAUUAUUCUAUCAGCUAUUACAUUAUGGUACACCAUUAGUCACUCUUCAUCUUCUAGUCUUAAAAACCAUCGAUACCACAAUGGUCAAGACGAAAAGCCCCAGAGAGUCUGUGGCGAUACUGCAACAGAAGCCCUCUCUCUCGGAUGCACGCUUGACCCAAUGACAUGGUCCUGGCUGUCGCCCUCUUGUCCAAGAUAUGCCAGCUCUGAGUUUGAGACAUCAGAAGAGCUACCUUACAAGUACUAUGUCGACCCAUACAACCUAGUACUGGCUGAAGGCAAAAACUGGACACUCGCUCUUGACAAUCAGGUGCGAUUGUACGCAGAGAGGCGUGAACACGUUACACAUUGCGUGUACACAUUCUUGAGUUUGGCACAGAUUAUCCGUGAUGGUACGCAAACACACCCGAGACUAAGUGCCUAUGAGCACAUACAGCACUGCGUCGAAAUUGUUUUGGAAUCCGUCAGGAGGGACAGAGAUUGGCACACUGUCGAUGCAGAUAUGGGAGAGGUGUCAUUCGAUGAGGGCUGCUAA